AUGGUCUGGCGUAUCAGGCGCGGGUGCGCUGCUGAGAUGGCCAAGAAGAUUAACGGACAUAGGUUCUACCGCGGUAUAUUCGGCGCUGUUAGUGAAGACAGCUCAAUAGAACACCCUAACAACCGCACCGUCACCUCACAGGACGAUAGCAGGAGUAUUUGGGCUGGCCUUCAACUGGGGACUGCAAGGCACGCUGUGCGCCCAGAUAUAUUUCUACUACACUUCCUUUUCCAAAGAUACAACUACUCUGAAGAUAUUCGGUUAGUCGGAGCUCUAUUCCUUGCGGAAUGGCUGCAGACGAUUUUUACUACCAUUGGCAUACUCCACGACGUAUCCCUGUCCUUUUUUAUGUUAGUUGAGCUUUGGGAGCUCUAUCGGCAGGUGGUUCCUGUGGUGUCCGGAAUCAUAGCUACUGCUGUACAGAUAUUCUACGCGUGGAGGAUUUCCGUUCUUUCAGACUGGAAGUCUUUUCGCUAUCUCGCGGCUAUGAUCACACUGGUCGCUGUUGGGAGCCUCGUUACGUGCAUAACUGCUACCGUUCUGGGGCUUGACGUUGUUACUCUUGUAGUGUCCCCCCAGAUGCCUGUAUACAAAUAUUUAGCAUCCAUAUCACCAGUUCUGGUUUGGCUCUCGCUCACCGCGUUUGUCGAUAUUGUCAUAGCAAUUCUCAUGACAAUCUUGUUGUAUCGCAUUCAAAGUCAUAGCGUUGCGACCGCGGGUCUAAAAACGAGUCUCAUUCAAUACACGAUAACAAGCGGUGCUAUAACUGCGAGCGUCGCCCUUGUGGCUUUUGCGUUAUACAUGACCGAUGUUCUUGCUUCCGAUCUCGCUUUCCGAGGUGUAAACAACCUUGGACCUUACAAUAGUUGGGCUGUGAAUUAUCCGGGACCAUUAUCAAUCUGCCCUUACGCCAACACUGCCCUCUUUGGCCUGAACAACCGCUCGCUGCUCCGUCAAAAGUAUAACGACAGCGAACAAACGAUCAUGCUGCCAACAAUAGAUUCUAGCGUGCCCUCCGAUACGCAGGAAUCGCAUCGGUCCAUAUUGGCUUUCAGGAGCUCCCAUCAGGGCGAGCUCGCAGCCAACACUGAGCAAGAUAUACAGGGACCCUGGUGA